CCCGAGUCUCUAGCCCCCACCGCUUCCUGCGCCGUCGCCUCCACGCUCCAUCGAGAUCACUACGACAUUCUUUUGAGGCAAGAUGGCGCCUUCCUUCAAUGUCAACUCCGAGGCUGGCCUUAAAAACCUUGAUAAAUACCUUCUGUCCCGCAGCUACAUCUCUGGAUACCAAGCUUCCAAGGAUGACAUGGCUGUGUUUGCUGAAUUUUCGGUUGCCCCUCCCUCAAAGUACACCAAUGUUGUAAGGUGGUACAAUCACAUUGAUGCACUCCUAAAGCUGAGUGGAGUUACUGCAGCUGGUCAAGGUGUCAAGGUCGAGUCUUCAAUUGUCCCUGAAGCAUCUACUUCUGCUGAUACUAAGGGAAAGGCUCCUGCAGCUGAUGAUGACGAUGAUGACGAUGUUGACCUUUUUGGUGAGGAGACCGAGGAGGAGAAGAAGGCAGCCGCAGAACGCGCUGCUGCAGUUAAGGCUUCUAGCAAGAAGAAAGAAUCUGGGAAGUCCUCAGUUUUGCUUGAUGUGAAACCAUGGGACGAUGAGACUGACAUGGCCAAGCUGGAGGAAGCUGUGAGAAGCGUCAAGAUGGAGGGCCUUCUGUGGGGUGCUUCCAAGCUCAUGCCAGUUGGAUAUGGCAUCAAGAAGCUUCAGAUCAUGAUGACCAUCAUUGAUGAUCUUGUCUCUGUCGACACACUAAUUGAGGACCAUCUGUGUGUUGAACCAGCGAACGAGUACAUCCAGAGCUGCGACAUUGUUGCGUUCAACAAAAUUUAAAUCUUCCCGAGGCAGACAAUGGUGGUCGGUGGACAAUGCAGCAGCGCUAUAUAUCUACAGUUUUUUGUUGCUAUGAUUGUCUUGGUGUUAGGAAAACAAUUCCUGUAAGGUUUUUGGACUAGAGUUGAGUGGAGUCGUAGUAUUACUACUGAGUGUGAAUCUCUCCUUUGUUAUAAGACUGGGUGGUUCAAUUUCUGUUUAUUUUCU